AUGGUAAGUGGUCCUUUACUUUCUGCUUUUCAAGGGGAACCAUUUCAUGAUGUGCAUCUGUAUAGAAGUGUUGUUGGUGCAUUACAGUAUGCCACACUUACUCAUCCUGAGAUAUCCUAUAGUGUCAAUAAAGCUUGUCAAUUUAUGCAUACUCCAAAACAUACACAUUGGCAACUUGUGAAGAGAAUUCUAAGAUAUCUUAAAGGUGUACUAUAUCAUGGUUUAUGGUUUCGUAAGUCUGAUAAUAUGUCCUUAUUUGGUUUUGCUGAUGCGGAUUGGGCUUCUGAUCCAGAUGAUAGGAAGUCUACUUCUGGUUUCUGUGUUUAUUUUGGAAAUAACUUAGUAUCUUGGGUUCCAAGAAACAAUCUAUUAUUUCCAGAUCUAGUACUGAAGCUGAAUAAUGUUGCCUUGCUCUUUUGGCAACCGAACUGGUAUGGAUUUUUUCUCUUUUGA